AUGGCAGUCUUCUCUAAGCUUACCCUCUCUGAUCGAACCGUCAAAAGUACCAUCGCGCAAUUGACUCAAUCAUAUGUCAAGAACCGAACCCGAAUCUCCCGCGUAGUCUACAUCACCCUCCUGGUCGCACUCGUAAACCGCGUCCGCCAUGCCAUCUCCGAGCAGAAAGCCGCGUCGGCGCGCGAAGCUGCCAAGCGGUUGUCGGGCACUACUUCGAGCGAUGGGACCGAUACGACAAAGAAGAAGAAGGUUGAGCUAAAUCGCGAGUUUUUCAAGUCGCUGCUAAAGUUGCUGCGGAUUGUCGUUCCUGGCGCGCGGUCCAAAGAAGCUCGGCUCAUCGUUAGCCAUAGCUUCUUCUUGGUCGUGCGGACCCUCAUCAGUCUUAAAGUUGCAGAAAUGGACGGCGCGAUAGUAAAGGCUCUUGUCAAAGGUAGUGGCCGAGAAUUUCUGACUAGGAUUGUGUGGUGGAUGUUGAUUGCUGUUCCCGCGACCUUUACGAAUUCUAUGUUAUCAUAUCAUCAAGCCGAAUUAUCUCUCAGAUACCGAACGAGGCUAACACAAUUCAUCCACGACAAAUACCUCUCCCAACUCACCUUCUACGGUAUCUCCGCGUUAGACGACAGGAUAAAGAAUCCAGACCAGCUCAUAGCCGUCGAUGUCGCCAAGUUCUCCAACAGUUUGGCUGAAUUGUAUAGUAAUCUAGCCAAGCCAAUUUUGGAUAUGACUAUAUAUACUUGGUCGCUGUCGAAAAGUGUCGGAGGUGAAGGCGUUGUUUUCAUGUCUCUAUUGGUUCAGCUCUCGGCCAAUGUUAUGCGCGCCCUAACGCCACCAUUUGGAAAAUUCGUUGCAGACGAAGCACGACUAGAAGGAGAAUUCCGAUUCCAGCAUUCGAGACUCAUCGAUUAUAGUGAAGAGGUCGCACUUUACCAUGGCCACGAAGCGGAGAAAGACACACUCGACAAGGGGUAUUUCACCCUAAUCAAGCACGUAAACUACAUCCUACGUAGACGAUUUUACCACGGUGUGAUGGAGGACUUUGUUAUCAAAUACUUCUGGGGCGCCUUGGGCCUGCUGCUCUGCAGUGUGCCCGUGUUCUUCAAGUUACCUGGUCAACUAACCGGAGCUGCUAACAUGGGCGACCGCACAGAGAUGUUCGUCACCAACAGACGAAUGCUUCUGAGCGCUUCCGAUGCUUUCGGGAGGAUUAUGUUCUCUUACCGCGAGAUCAUGGAGCUUGCUGGUUACACAUCACGAGUUGCAUCGCUAUUAGAAGUUAUGGACGACAUUCAAGCUGGGCAUUUCGAAAAGAAACUGGUCUCAAGCUCAGGUACCGAAGACAACGAAGCCGUAUUGAAAGGUAGAGGAAAGGUUGUGGAGAGCAAGGACAUCGAGUUCAUCGACGUGCCAAUUAUUUCCCCCAAUGGAGAUGUUCUAGUAAAAGCACUCUCCUUCUCGCUCAAGCAGGGCGAGCAUCUUCUCGUGGUCGGCCCCAACGGAUGUGGAAAGUCUAGCCUUUUCCGGAUUUUGGGCGGCCUGUGGCCUGUUUACGGUGGCACCGUCUACAAGCCACCAUUCACAGACAUCUUUUAUAUCCCACAGAGACCUUAUUUAUCACGCGGGAGUCUUCGUCAACAAAUUACAUACCCGGAUAGCUUGCGAACCGUUCGCGCGCGGGGUGUGACGGAUGCAGAGCUCCUGGAUAUACUAAAAAUUCUCUCGCUAGAGCAUUUAGUCGACCUUUACCCCGAAGGUUGGGAUGCAGAAGCUGAGUGGCGUGAUGUUCUCUCUGGUGGCCUUCAACAACGCGUAGCCAUGGCACGACUCUUUUACCACAAGCCGCGGUAUGCGAUCCUAGACGAAUGUACGAGUAGUGUGACGCUCGAGACGGAAAAGGUUAUGUAUGAUACCGCGAAAGGCCUAGGCAUCGCAUUGAUGACUGUUAGUCAUCGACGAAGUCUGUGGAAAUACCACAAUUGGAUCCUGCAGUUUGACGGGCAAGGUAAUUAUGUGUUUACGAAGCUGGAUGCGGAGAGGAGGUUAAAGCUGGAAGACGAGAAAGAAGACCUCGAUGUACUCCUACGACAAGUGCCGGAGAUCGAAAGGAGGAUUGGCGAGUUGACUGAAGGGUAA